AUGGAAACAAAAGUCUUAAUUUUCCUCGCCAUCCUCGGAAUCGCUGCAUCCUUGCCGCAGUACGGACAUGGUGGAAGAGGAGGCAGACACCACGGAGGAUUCGGUGGUGGUCGAUACCCUGGAGGUGGAGGUGGGUUCUACCCUGCAGGAGGGCAAGGCUACUACCCUGGAGGACAAGGCUAUUAUCCUGGAGGAGGUUUCGGCGAUCCAGGUUUCGGCGGAGGUUUUGGCGGCCCAGGAUUUGGAGGCCCAGGUCAGAGCGCGUCCUCUGCGAGUGCGAGUGCUCAAUCCGCCAAUAAUGGAGGAGGAUUUGGACAUCCAGGAGGUUUUGGGGGAGGUCCCGGCUACUUGGGAGGUGGACCAGGUUUUGGCGGAGGAUCGAGCUCAUCUGCGAGUUCCAGUGCUGCCUCGAGCAGUAAUCCUGGUUUCUUUGGGGGUGGUGGAAGCAGUUCUGCCGCCGCUGCAGCGUCUGCAUCGUCCGGAGGAGGAGGUUUUGGUCGCUAA